AUGGGUCGGAAAAAAAAGCGUGCCGCCAAGCCUUGGUGUUGGUACUGCAAUCGCGAAUUCGAAGAUGAGAAAAUUUUAAUUCAGCACCAAAAAGCAAAACAUUUUAAAUGUCAUAUUUGUCACAAAAAGCUUUUCACAGGACCUGGAUUAGCCAUCCAUUGCAUGCAGGUGCACAAAGAAACGAUAGAUAAGAUUCCUGCUGCCUUACCUGGUAAAGAUUCAGUUGAAGUGGAAGUUUAUGGCAUGGAAGGUAUUCCCGAUGAUGCUCAAGAGGAAAGUGCGAAGAAGGAGUCGAAGAAUACAGCUGCUCCAGUGCCUCCUCUUAUAGCGCCAUUUCCAAUGCUACCUCCAGGUAUACCACCUAUGAUUCCCGGUUUUCCACCUCUCCCACCUUCAGGAAUGCCACCAUUCGGGCCUCCAUUUAUGCCAGGAGUGCCGGCACCGCCAAGAGCUCUCCCGCCACUUCCGGUCAUGCCUCCAGGUAGUGCUCAACCUGCACUCACAAGCGUAAAUUUACCCUCUCGGGUACCGCUACCGAAUGGGCCGAUAGGAGUACCCGGAAUUCCUGGUCCGGGGACAAUCAAUACACAGCCUACACCUACUGUACCAGCAGCUUUUCCAGCCUAUAGUGACCCUUCUUCUAGUAAAAGUGCAGAACCGGAGCGGAUGCGGGAAAUGCCAAAUCAUAUCCAAAGACUGGGGGCAAAAAUACACAUUAUGCAUCCAGACGAAGAUAUAUCUUUGGAGGAACGGUUAGCAAUCAGUAAGGGAUUCAUCUGA